CAAGGCAAAAAUUGACAACCUAUUCAAUUUCCUCUUAAUCUUAAUUGUAUUUGCUUUCCAAUUGUCCGUUCAGUCGUCGUCAACCCUCCAAGAAACUGCAAUUAACUAGGCACAAAAGAAUGGCAGAGAGCGCAGUAUCAUUUCUAGUGAAUCAGCUAGCAACACUGAUCCAAGAAGAGAGACAACUAUUAGGAAGUCUUGAUGAAAACUUCAUGUAUAUCCAUAAUCAACUGGAGCUAAUGCGUCCUUUUUUGCAAGGUGCUGAUGCAGAAGAUGGCAAUCCUCAACUCCAAGCAUGGGUUAAACAAGUGAGGGAGGUUGCUUAUGAUGCUGAAGAUGCCAUCGACACAUUUAUGCUACAACUUGCAAAUCUCUGUGCAGAAGAUGUAUUCUGCUGCUGUGUCCAGGAGAUCUAUAUCUUUUUAAAGAAGCUCGGAGUGCGCCAUAAUAUUGCGUCUGAUUUGGAAAACAUCAAGGGAAGGGUCACGAACAUUUUUGAAGCACGUGAGAGGUACCAAAUAAAAAAUGUUGCACCGCUGAGAUCUAGGUCUACCUUAUUGUUUGAUGGGCGUAAUGAUGCGCUUUUGGUGGACGAAGCUAAGCUUGUAGGAAUUGACAGGCCAAAAGAAUUGCUCAUUAAAGAGCUUCUUGAUGAUGAAACUCGGCUUAAAGCUGUUUCUGUGUGGGGAAUGGGAGGAUCGGGGAAGUCCACGUUGGUUAAACGGAUUUACGAGGAUGAACGAGUGAAAGGAAAAUUCCAGUGCCAUGCUUGGAUCACUGUUUCUCGGUCCGUUCCCAUGAUGGAGCUUCUCAAAGACUUGAUUCGAAAGUUGCCCGAUGAAAUCAAGGAACUUAUGCCUCAGGACCUCAAACAAGAGGUUGAAUUGAAAGAACUUGUCAAGAAAUUCCUCUCUGAACGUCAGUAUAUUAUAGUUUUUGAUGAUGUAUGGAGCACUGAUUCAUGGGAUGCUCUUAAGCAUGCACUGCCUGACAAAAAUAUGAGUAGUCGUGUAGUGCUCACUACACGGAUACUCGAUGUGGCUAACUUAGCCAGUCGGACGGAAUAUCCGGGCUGUGUCCAUGAAAUGGAGGCCUUAUCUGAUGAAGACUCUUGUAAACUACUUUGUAACAAGACUGGAAACGAAACCAUCCCCCGACAUCUAAAAGACUCUGCAAAUGGCAUAUUGGAUAAAUGUAAGGGCUUGCCUCUUGCCAUUGAUGUUGUUGGUGGUCUAUUGGCUAUGAAGGACAAGAACAACAUAGAGGAGUGGAGUACAGUUUGUAGCUACCUUAACACCAAGCUACAUGGUUAUAGUGAUAACCUUGAAAGAAUACGACAGGUACUUCUUCUAAGUUACUAUGAUUUGCCUUACUAUCUCAAGAGUUGUCUAUUGUACUCGAGCAUUUUCCCUGAAGAUAGUACUAACUUUGAAAGAAUACGACAGGUACUUCUUCUAGGUUACUAUGAUUUGCCUUACGAUCUCAGGACUUGUCUAUUGUACUUGAGCAUUUUCCCUGAAGAUCAUAUGAUUGACUAUAUGAUAUUGAUUCGGUUAUGGAUAGCCGAAGGAUUUGUGCAAGGGAAAGAAAGGUUGACAAAAGAAGAGGUUGCACUUCGUUAUCUUGAGGUGCUUAUUAAUAGAAGCCUAAUCCAAGUUGCAGAGAGAUAUCCAGAUGGAAGGGUAAAACUAUGUCGUAUCCAUGAUAUUGUACAUGAAAUUCUUGUUUCUAAGUCAAAUGAGCAGAAUAUUGUGAGCACACGAAUCGGAAGAGAUUCAGAGUUGCCUGAUAAAGUUCGAAGGUUGGCAAUACGUACUUCCGUAGACAGCGGCCACCUAGAAAUUAAUAGGUUGAAAUAUCUACGAUCACUGAUAUUAACAUUAUCCGAAUAUUCACUAUUUGAAUCAUUCUCAUCGGAGCUGCAAUUUGAAUCAUUCUUAUCGGAGCUGCUGUCAGGUAGUCGAAAGUUGCUAAAGGUAUUGGACUUAAGAGAUGCUCCACUAGGAAAGAUCCCAAAUGAAGUUUUCAAACUUUAUCAUCUUACGCAUUUGAGUCUGAGGGGGACAGAGGUCAAGGUCAUUCCAGAGUCAAUUGGACAGCUUCAAUGUCUAGAGACUUUAGAUCUUAAACACACUCAGGUCAUUUCUUUACCAAUUGAGAUCCUAAAACUCAAAAGGCUCCGACAUCUCUUAGUAUAUAAAUAUAAUAGUGAAACGGUAGAUUAUGACCGGCCCUUUGAUUGUGCUCAAACCUUUAAGGCUCCAUACAAAAUAGGAUGCUUAUCAUCCCUACAGAAGCUUUGUUAUAUAGAGGCAGACCAAAUGGGUGACACUACAAUAGUGAGAGAGAUAGGGAAGCUAACCCAACUGAGGAGAUUGUGUAUUAGGAAAUUAAAAAGAGAAGAUGGGAAGGAUUUUUGCUCGUCCCUCAAGAAGUUAACUGAACUACGCUCGUUGAAUGUCGGUUCCAUUGGAGAGGAUGAGAUCAUUGAGUUGCAGGAUGCUCUCGAUUUUAAAUUUCUUCGAACCCUAUGCCUGGCGGGGAGGUUAGAGAAGGUACCACAAUGGAUACCUUCUCUUCAGUCGCUGACUCAAGUAGUUCUGAGACAUAAUAAGUUAAGCAAAGAUCCGUUAGAAUCCCUUCAAGAUUUGCCUAGUCUAGCAUCUCUUGUACUUCAUGCAACAUUUGAAGGUGAGAAAUUGGAGUUCAAGGCUGAAAAAUUUCAACGUCUCAAGACUUUAUUGAUUCGGAGCUUAAAUGGAUUAAGAAAAAUCGUGGUGGAGAAGUGUACCAUGCCAAAUCUUGAUGAGCUAUUCUUGGGGGAUUGCAAGUUGGUAGAGUUGCCUAUUGAUUUCGAGCAUUUGAACAAGCUUCAAUACUUUCAAAUAAAUAAUAUGGCCAAAAACUUUGUCGAGGGACUAGAAAAUCAGAAACGAAGUGAAGGGAGUAAUUGGAAACUAGCUCAUGUUCUCAAUAUUGUUGUUUCUGUAGAUGGUGAACCAAGAUGGCGAUACUUGUAA